AUGGAUAUCGACUCAGCCAGGCGCAACAAGAAGCCGCGUCUCCUCUUGGAGUCUGAGCGCGAGAAAUUAGACGAGUUUGUGGACUCAAUUCAUUAUUCGGCCAGAUACAAUGACGACAAAUUCGAAUACCGUCACGUUCAGCUUCCGAAGAACAUGCUAAAGAAAAUCCCUACGGACUACUUUGAUAGCGCCAAGGGAACAUUGAAAUUGCUUUGGGAGGAGGAAUGGCGCGCAUUGGGUAUCACACAGAGUUUGGGAUGGGAGCAUUAUGAGGUGCAUGAGCCAGAACCCCAUAUCUUAUUGUUCAAGUUGGUACUGUCCAAUUGUGCUUUAGAGUCUGUCACUGACCCGUUUAUAGACGCCCUCUAA